CGGGCACAGUCUUAUUCUGAGCGUAGAAGGCAAUUAUCAGCUCCAGUGCGCAUAUUAUAGAUAUGCUUCCUUUGCUGGCAAGCAAGUAGGGAAGAAUUUACCAUGUCUGGAGUGGUCUUUCGCUAAACACGGAUUGUCGCAUCUGGGGUUUAGUCUUCUUUUCCUGCGACAUUGAUCGGGGUACGCAUCUCGGCGACCUUCUUAAAGGGAGCGGAUGCUCUGGAAGUCUCCCGUUUUGAGUUGCUGUUCCCUUCCUGAGUCGCCUUGCCUGGAGCAGCGAGAGGCAUAACGAUAUGAAAGGAGAUGGGAGGAAGACAGUCGCCGUCGUCGGCACGGGUAUGGCAGGGCUGACGACCGCAUAUCUUCUCCACCAUGAUCCUGAACAGAGGUACCAAGUUAAACUGUUAGAGAAAGAGAACCACCUGUCUCUGAGUUCCGAGUCUAUCCAACUCUCAUCCUUCAGCGAUGAAAAGGGGAAGACAGCCAGCUGGGCUGAUGUCCCAAUGCGCGCGUUCGCUGGCGGAUUCUAUCAACAACUGAUCCAGAUGUACGAUCAUCUUGACGUACGAUAUCAUGCACAGCCAUUUCUCUUCAGCUUUUCUAGAUCGUCGCAGACAAGCUCGCGGUUAUAUAUGACGUAUGCAUCAAAUUUCCAUCAAAUACCAUGGAUCCCAGGGAAAGGUCUUGAUUUCCUGUUUUGGCUGGUAGAGGCAGCAUACGCACUGCUUUGCUAUCUGUGGUUCACCAUCUGCUGUUAUCUGGUUUUCCCCUUGGAGGGGUCCCCAUCAAAGCGUGGGGAGAGUCUCGGAGAGUACCUGCACAGGAUCCAUAUGCCCGAGUAUCACACAAAAUAUUAUCUCUUACCCUUAAUGUCGAGUGUCUGUACCUGUUCUCACCAGGAGAUGUUGAAUUUUCCAGCAACGGAUGUUCUGGGUUACAAAAAGCGCACUCAUCUACAACCACAUUUUGUGGUCGAGGAUGGGAUUCGGUCCGUCCAGGAUAAAUUGUCAAAGGGUGUUGAUGUGCGUUUUGGAGUUUGUCUGACGAGAGUGGAAUCCCGGGGUGACAGCGUGGAACUCACAUGGACCGACUCAACUGGCGUCGCUAAAACAGAAGCCUUCGACCUGGUCGUGCUAGGAGUAUCGCCGGAUAUUGCCGCAUCUGUGUUCGAACCCGUAAGAUCGACCCUGGGACAGAUUCCGACAUGCAAGGUGGACACAGUCGCACAUACAGACUACUCUACUCUACCUCCUCUGUAUCAUCCAAUAGAGAAACAUGUCGUUUCUUCAGCCGACUCUCUUGCCGCUCUGAUUCAAUCUGAAAAGAUAGCUCAGGGCAUCCAUUUGUGGACUCGAGAUGGAAACUCAGAGGCCGCUCAUGAACAGCCCUGCGGGGUAAUCGUGACCACGAACCCCCUGAAAUCGGUUGAUCCAGCCAAAAUUAUCCGGUCGGCUACGUUCACUCGUGUCCUUCGUACUCCUGAGAGUCGCGAAAUCAUCAACGGCAUUUUCCUGGGUCAUCCUUCGAGAGUUGGCCUCGCAUCAGGGUGGACGAAUGGAGGCGGAGGAGUCUACUUUGUUGGCGGGUGGUGCUGGGAUGGAAUGGUAUUAUUGGAAGGUUGCAUUGUCUCUGCGAUGAGAGUGGCGUCAAGUCUUGGAGUACAAAUACCCUGGGAGCAAAUGAAGACGACGACUAUGUAAAUAAAAACUAUACACAAUCUUAUGUAGAAGCAG